GCCAAACCUGUCAUUACUAAUAUCAAGGCCAAACCUGGCACUACUACUAUCAAGGCCAAACCUGGCACUACUACUAUUAAGGCCAAGCCUGGCACUACUGCUAUCAAGGCCAAACCUGUCACCACUAUCAAGGACAAACCUGUCACUACUACUAUCAAGGCUAGACCUAUCACUACUACUAUCAAGGCCAAACCUGGCACUACUACUAUCAAGACCAAACCUGUCACUACUAUCAAGGCCAAAACUGUCACUACUACUAUCAAGACCAGACCUAUCACUACUACUAUCAAGGCCAAACCUGUCUCUACUACUAUCAAGGCCAAACCUAUCACUAUUACUAUCAAGGCCAAACCAGUAUAA